CCCGAACUGAUCCGGAUUAGACUGGGUUGUGUUCCUCAGUCUGGGAUCUUCAGGGUUUUCUCCCGAACAGAGAACAUGAGGAGGCGAUCAGAGGAGUCUGACCUGAGGAGGACAAACAUCCAGAGCUGCUGAUCAGGAUGUCGGGUAACUGGCCUGUCAUGAGGCUGUCAUCACCAGCUCCACCCACCAGUUCUGUAGCUCCACACCCUCCCAACACCUCCCAGUUCCCCCCUCUCACAGACUGGGAGGCUCCCAGCUUUACCUGCGCCGCUCAGUUCCGUGUCGGAGCUACCUUCGCCCUCUUCUUGUUCGCUGCCUCCAGUAACCUCGCCCUAUUGGCCAGCGUGUGGUGUGGGCGUGGCCGACGGCUGGCAUCUCACCUGCGGCCGCUGAUGCUGAGCCUGGUGUCGGCCGACCUGAUGAUGACAUUCGUGGUGAUGCCUCUGGACGCAGUGUGGAAUGUGACGGUGCAGUGGUAUGGCGGCGACGCACUCUGUAAGCUGCUCUGCUUCCUGAAGCUGUUUGCAAUGCACGCUUCUGCCUUCAUCCUCGUCGUCAUCAGCCUCGACCGCCAGCACGCCAUCCUACACCCGCUGGAUGCUCUGAGUGCGCAGCACAGGAACCGACGCAUGCUGCUGCUGGCCUGGAGCCUCAGCCUGCUGCUCGCAUCACCACAG